UGGAAAGGAAGGAAGGAGAGAGUCUUCCAAGGGAGAAGUAAAUUAUUGAGGCUGGCAGAGGGUGUGCAGCCAAAAGUGUUUUGCUACUGGGAGAAUGCCAGGGUCGUCGAUUGGUCCGGUAGGAAUGCAAUGCAGCCUAUACCACCAACGCUGCCGCCGAGUAUGCAAGGCAGCGUGCGACGCUUAGAUAUCUGCACUGCAGCUGAUGGCGUCGAGAAGGGCGCCCGAUUACUCUGA